CAUAGAUACAAGUGACUUGCUACACAUAUAUACAACAAACACAAGAAAACACCAAAAGACCACAUAUCCUUCCAAUGGCCCCCCUUCAACGCACAAUCUCGGAUAUUUCACACCAAAUAUCCAUAGACAACACUCUAACAAAAGAACCAUCUCCAACCGCAACCGCAACAACUUUGUUGUCCUUAUCAACGAUAUCCGAAGUGGAAGAUGCAAAGUGCGAGUGUUGUGGCAUGUCUGAAGAGUGCACGCCGGAAUACAUACACCGUGUGCGUUCAAAAUUCUUAGGAAAGUUGAUUUGCGGGCUGUGCGAAAAGGCAGUGGAGGAGGAGAUGGAGAAGAUGAUCAACAGUGAUGUGGUGGUAGAGAAGCGGCGAGAGGAGGCAGUGAAGGCACACAUGAGCGCAUGUUCCCGGUUCAACAGGCUAGGCCGGAGUUAUCCAGUGUUGUACCAAGCAGAAGCGGUUAAGGAAAUGCUGAAGAAAAGGUCUAAAAAGAUGGUUGGAGCCACCAAGCCGGAAAAAGGUGGCCUCGCUAGGAGCUCUAGCUGCAUGCCGGCUUUAGCUAAGGAGCUUAAAGAUCGUACCUUGGUUAAUUAGCUUAUUUGUAUACUCACGUACACGUAUGUUAUGUUCAUAUAUAGAUUUGAAUUUACAUGCAGACGGAGAUGUGUAUUAAGUGAGUUAUAUAUAUGUAGUUAAAACUGAUGGAAGUUUUACGUGUGUAAUGUAGAAAUUUUUUUUGCUUCGUCUAAUGUAUAAUUAAAUGUCUGUGUUGUCA